UUCUUUUUCUCUUUUACAACUUCUAAGUGUGGAAUAUGUCAGGAUACAAUAUCGUUUGGACCUUCCUUGCUGUCGCUGCUCUCGGUGCUCUGGGAUAUUUUAUGACUCCCAAAGGAAAAGACCAAACUGUUAUUCGCACAGUCAUUAUUAUGUCUCUUGCUUGCUGUUAUCUAAUGUGGGCUGUUACUUAUUUAGCUCAAUUACAUCCUUUGAUUUUCCCCAGAAAGGUUGGACUUCGACCUCCUCACCAUGAAUAAGAAAGAAAGACGCGCUUUUUGUAUGGACAAUGAUGUGGAACGAAGUCUUUUAUUUUUGGAAAAAGAGGUCAAAACGGAAUAUCGACAUAAUUGCAUAGACAUCAAACGAUCUCUUUCUUUCUCUUUCUUUCUCUACAUCUUUUUUUUUUAUCUUUAUUAAAGGAAAUAGCGUUUGUAAAAUA